AAAUGUGAUCAAUGCAUGAUUUACCGGUACGGCUGAAUGAAACGAUGAUUCAAGCAGCGCUAGCGAAGUACUUCUAUCAUGUUUGAUAGUUCCUGUUCAAUCUCUCCUUUUCACAUGCUGCAUGCUAACCGAUAGCGUGCAUUAAUUACAUAUAGGCACUUCUUUGGGAUAUAAUUUAUUAUUUCUUGUAGAGACGUCUGUACCCGCUUGCAUCUGAGACUCUCAUUACAUGGAGUCCACAAAACUAGUCUUUACAUCAACCAGUAUCGCCUUUGGCAUUCAACUUGGCACCAGUUGUUACCGGGUUAGUCAGUUAACACCGGAAAGCAGUAGCCCGGAAAUUGUACUGGACGCAUUUGGAAAUGAAGCAACGCCAGCGUACUUUGGUGUGGAUGACGGUAUUCUGCUGUACGGGGAUGACGCCAAAAAUUAUGCCUGCAUUCAUCCAGAGAACUGCCUCAAAGGUGUCGUAAAAGGUUUUGUUAAUGCGCCGGCCACGGAAGCGGAAAGUGAUGUACAGCCGAACUCUUCGGCACGACAAUUCACCGUAAAGAAUUUGCGUCUAGAUAAUGCACUUUGUGGAACAAUCAAAGCCCUGACGCCGACAGAAAAGCAGGAACUGCAGCCAGGGAUCACAUUACCAUUUAUCGUAUUUUCUAUCGCCAAUAUUUAUUUGGCAUCAGUAGAGGAGCGAAUCAGUAAACUGGCGAAUGGUCUAACGGAAAAAGACCAUCAAAUACAAACAUGCAUACUUGUACCCAAAACAACGGCAGCCUUCGCCGGAUUUGCAAUGAGUCGAGAAACAUGCGCAGACGGUGUAUACGCUGUUAUAUGCGUGGGUGCUUCGGUUACGGAAUUAGCGGUGUACGGAGUGCAAAACGGUGUCGCAGUACGGAAUGUGGAGCCUGUGAGUUAUUAUUUCGGUGGUGACGAUUUUGACGAUGUGCUCGUUGAGCACUGUUGCAAACAAUUCAAGGCACAAUAUUCCAUCGAUCUAAAGAUGCAUUCCGGUGCAUUGGAGCGGCUGCGGCAACAGUGUCAAAAAGCCAGGGAUAGACUAUCCGCGGCUAAAGUAGUGGUGAUCGAAAUACCUAGGCUUGUUCACGAUUUUAAAUUUAGGCUACACAUCAAUCGAACUGAUAUGGAGAAAGCUAUGGAAAAUAAAACAUCCGGAUUUUCUGACUGGCUCUGUAAAGAGAUGGCAAAUAUUAAGGAUCCUUUGGCAGGGGUGAUUUUGGUAGGAGCGGCGUCCAGAAUUCCCGUGGUGCAAAACAUUGUUAAUACCAAAUUUCCCGGUCUCGUGCAAAAAUCCAUUAUCCCGUACGCGCAUAUGGCUGCCGCCAAUGGCUCAAGCUAUAUAUCACGCUAUGCACAAGGGCAAAGUAGCGAAUUUAUUAAAAGAUUAAAAGCUGGUUAUUUUGACCUUCAUGCCAUGCGAUUACGCGUAAAAGGAUACUCCCCUAACGAUGAUCAACUAAUUUUGGAUAAUUCCGUUACUCUUGCCGACAAAGCGAACGAGAAUGUGACUGCACAAAGCACUUCCGACUUGACAGAAGCAAAAAAAGAACCUGACGGGAUAGCAGAGCGGGCUAGCAGUGCUACAGAAGAGAAUCAUGAGUCGUCCAACCCAGAAGAUCGACAGCUGGCGUCUAACUGUGCUCCAGUUGAAGUGGGCGAUAGUUCAUCUUUUGAUACUAAAAAUUUUGUAUCUCGCUCUGACACAAACAAUGUGAAUGGGAAUCGGGAUACAGCUGUUGACAAUGUUCCCUAUCCAGAUCGAACAACCUUUCUGCAGGAGCCAGAGCAGAGUGAACAGGAAUCAACGGAUGCCCACACUUUCUUGCAACAGACUACUCAUCAAGAAAACAACCUUAUACAGAGCGAAAAUUUACAGCUGCAGGAACUCGAAGAUUUCGCAAACAGCUUUGGAGCGCUUAAUAUUUGCGAUCCUAAGAUUGAACAGUCACAAAAUACAAAGAAAAACUGUUUCGGUCCAUCGGUGAUUACUGAUCUUCCCCAUGUGAGCGCAUCGCCUGCACCGGUCAGUGUAUUGCACUACAGGAAAAUACAACUACACAACGGGACGCAAGAAAUUCCAGCGUACGAGUGGUGGUUAACAACUAUUACUGCCUGGAACUAUGUAUUACCGCCUGCGGACUGGACUGGCGAGACAGCUACAGAGCCCUGCAGUUUCGUGGAAUGCAGCGUGUACUAUUCGCCCCCGUUUCUUAUUCCACGCUAUUAUAUAUGCGGCGCGCAUCUACAACUGCAUAAAAGUGACCAACGGCCGUUUAGUUCAAUUUCCUUGACCCACUGGUCUGAAUACGGUACAAUGCCGACGACGAUCUGGCUGCCAUCGGAUCACAUAGUGGAGAUAUUGCAUAGCUGUGAGCCGAACGCAAUGGUCGUGAGACUUAAGAGCUCUUUUGAUCCAAGAAGCCCAUUUCUUUUCCAAAACUGCAAUUUGGCUUUCAUAAUAACAUUCCCGACUUCCGUGGACAAAGAGCGAGUUUUUAGUAGAUGUCUACCGCGUCCUUGUACUUGAAGCGUUUUCGAGCGUUUUAGUGUUUUUGAAUGAGUACCCGGCCACUACCCAGUCUAUUUACGUACAACUUUUGAAAGCUUUUUUAACAAAAUGAUAAAAUGCACGUUCCGCAAACCUG